UUAUCAAAAAGUUCGGAAGAAGAUUCAGCAUAUGCUGGUUUCGGAAGUUCUUCGCCUCUGUCGUCCACUGAAUCAUCCUCGAUGAGUAUCCAUUCGGGUUCUUCGUGUGGUGCUUCGGGAAGUCAUGUACGAGGUCGGGCACCUUCUACACUAGCUUUUCAACAUGGUACCAGUGCCGGGCGCCGUUUCAAUGCGGGAACCGUGCAGCCACCUUCAAGCCCUCAUGAAUCGAAACCAGUACUAGCAGUGAAAGGUAUUGCAGCACCGACAGUAACUCGAUUGACACCACCGGCCAGUAAGUAUGCUUCACCACGGUCCACAAAUCCUACCAAUUCACCGGUCACCGAAGAAGAAGCACCGCCAAAAUUUCCCGCACAGAGCAAGGAGCAACAGCGAUACGAGCCAUCAGCUUUUUCCUUAUCCUCAUCAUCGUCCUCGUCAUCACGAUCUUCAUCCGAAGCAACAUCAUCCACAAACGGCCAAUUAGUGCAAAGUACCGCAACUGUGAUAACAGCACCAACGAAGCCCAGUGGUUCGCAUCCAGCGCAGAGUCCAACUGUCGGUGUUGUGAGCCCAAUGAUGAACCAUCGAGUGAUCAAAGUACCACAGCUACCCAAUAGUGUUGCCACUGGUAACCAACUUUUACAGAUUUUCCUUCCUUGA